GAAAUAGUUGACAUUUCCAUUGCAACACCGCUGGGUUCGAUGGACCCUGGAGAGGGUUCCUGCGUCUUUAAAUUGAUGAGCGGGUUUAAAUUCGGAGCGCUGCUCCGUACGUCUCUGGCAAAGCAGAGCCUCCCACUGGCUCCAACCACAGUCAGCGAGCUGCAGUUUCAUCCAUUCCAUGCGAUCGUGAAGAAUGAAAGUGUUUUUAUUUUAAAGAGUGCUUAACACGGCUGAUUAAUCCUUUAGGAAUUAAUUUCCCUCUCUCUAUUAUCUUCAACAGACCACCUGAGGAGGACCUGUAUCUUGUAAGGAUUCCAAUUCAAUCUCUCUUCACAAGAACUGACUACCUAGAAAUUAGAGCAGAGAUGUCCAACACAAGCCGAUUGUUUGAGCAGCUGAGCUUUGCGAUAUUUAUCCUGUGUUGUUCACUGCCCAUAUUUGGGAAACCAGUGGAUGAAAUCUCCAUUAUAAAGAAGAGGUCUGUCUCGGAGCACCAGUUCAUGCAUGACAAGAGCAGGUCUAUCCAGGAGCUCCAGAGGCGGAUCUGGCUGCAUAAUGUCAUGGGCGAACUGCACACAGCAGAGGGCCGGGGAAUGACUCAGCCACAGACGCCCCGCAACCCCAAACACCCGGCGACGUGGCCGGACUCGGCGGAUCUGGCCGUGCUCCUCAUCAAACUGGCAGCCAACAACAACAGCAACAAUAACGAGGGCACCAGGACUCCGCUAGAACAGAUACAAGACACCAACAAGCCCGGUCCUUUCAAAUACCAGAACUCGAAGAAAAAUGGCAAGAAGAAGAAGCAAGGGAAAAACAACAAGCGCAAAGCUCACAGAGGUCGAGAGGAGAAGAGCAGGAGGCAGGCACGCUCGGUGAAUUCCGAAAUCGGGGAUCCCAAUAUCUCAUCCGAUUCCGUGCCGCUCCCCACUGCCACCUCUGGACGGUUUUGGCAAUGAGGGGCCAACCUCUAACAAAUCGCCCUAGUUGUAGAAUUUCCCGUGACCUGGAUAGUGUUUGGAGCAACAUCGAAUGAGAGCCAGCAGCUCGAUAUUGAACCGAACAGCCUGCAUGACUUUUUGAUAUUUGAAGAGGAAUUCCCGAAUAAGUUUCAUUGCAAAACUAUCAAUAUAUUUGUUGAUUGGUUGUAUUUCUAUGGAACGUUGCUGAUUUUGUUUAUUUUAAAUUCUAAGUGACAGAAGAAUUUUCCUUUUUUUCGGCAGGUCUGUUAUUCAGGAAAGACCAACAAACUCUUUUGCAGUAUUCUGUAUUUGUGAUCAUAAGUAAAGUAUUAAACAUAUUUAUUGAUUGUAAAUAUUUAAAAAAAUAAAGAAGUGUGUUCACUAUGGAACUGUACAUCGGUUAUUAUGAAUAUUUAAAAUUCAUGAUUAAUGUCACAUACUGUAAUUUAUUUGUUAAAUCAUCUAUUUAUUUAAAUUGUGUAUCUUGGUGCUGCUAAUAUGUAGGUACAUUGUAAAUAUAUGCACUUUAGAGUUCGAGUAAUGUUGU